CCUCCGCCGGCCUGCAGACGUCUGAAGUUGCUGCACGGCUGCUGCAGUGCCAGCCGGCACUGAUGGCUGCCCCAUUCACACAUCCACACAGCAUCACCUUUGAUCACCGGGGGGAUUUAAGCCAAGCAAGUCCGACACAGGUCUCAAACUCAGUCUGAGACGUUGAGGAUCAUGUCUGCUGUUCAUGGAAAUCUGCGCGUCGGGGAUCUGAAUCACUUCCAGAUGUAUCAUGAAGGAGCUCUGCAGAAGAACAGCAUGGUGAACUCAGAUUACGGAGCCUCAGAUGUUACAAACUACUUCAACACUACAAACUCUGUACCGAGGGCGGAUAAAUGUGUGGCAAUACUGACUCACAGGAGAAAGAGGACCAACUUCACCCAGCAGCAAAUUGAAGUGCUGGAGAAAGUUUACUCAGACACUAAAUAUCCUGACAUCUACCUACGAGAGAGACUGGAGGCUCUGACCGGGCUGCCAGAGUCCAGAAUUCAGGUGUGGUUUCAGAACAGAAGAGCAAAGUCUCGUCGCCAAGUUGGCUCAUCAGUGUCCAUGAAGGUCUCCAACCCGCCCUCAGCCUUCAGCCAACUCCAGAGCAGGAUGGGCCCCGAGAAAGUUUAUGACAACCACCAUGGUGCUGAGGCACACAGGGUAGGAGGAUUUGGGCUAGAGGACAGUGUCAGACCGACAAUGCACCAAAACACAGAUGACACACACAGGACCAGUAUACCAACCAAACCCAGCAGCUACGAACACACGCCUGUCUCCUGCAUCUAUGACAAGGAGGGAACCAGAGUGAAGCCGGAGCAGAUGCAGCGCCAUGAGCUGAGUGUUAACGUCCCCUGCUGUAAUGUCCAUCUUUAUCCCAAGGAGAACGAGCAUCAGCCCACAGUCCAAGCCCCCAUCGCUGGAAACCAGGGUUCAAAGGUUCUGGUGGAAUAUGACAAUUUCCCACCUAACAAGACCAUCGGACCAGAGAUGAAAGUGGUGAUCCCUCCCAUCCCGACCCAGAAUAACUUCAGCAGGUCGUCACCAAAGGAUACCGGGUGUCAAAUCCAGUACCAACAAGUGAGGGCCACUGGGGACAGGUUCAGUCACUUCUCCCCGAUCCAUGCCACUGAGGCGCAGGACUUUACUGAUUCAGACUCUGACUGGGAAAACGAGGCCAUGGUUGGCUUUGGUGGUUUUAUGUGAUGUAUCAUAAGAACUGAUAUAAAGAAAGCUACAUGUAUCAGAAGAGCUGGUAUACAAGUUGU